AUGAAUGUCACUGGUCAUUUCAUACCAACCCUUUUCAUUUUUCCUCGGAAGAAAAUGGAUAAGAACGGUCGCUUGAUGAUAGGAGCUCCACCAGAGAGUAUUGCUAUAACUCAAGAGAGCGAAUGGAUGAACGGUGAGGUGUUCUUCCAAUGGUUGCAACAUUUUAAACAACAUGUUCAGCCAACAGAAACAAAUCCUGUCCUCUUAAUUUUGGAUGGCCACGCUAGUCAUAAGGAGCUGGCAGUUAUAAAAUAUGCACAUAAUCAUAACAUUCAUAUACUGAGCACACCACCUGAUACAACUCAUAAAUUGCAGCCGUUGGACAUUUUUUAA